GGGCAGGGCGGGGCCCGCGGGGCCGAUGGCGGCGGGCCGGGCUGGGCGCCCCGGGAGCUGCCGGAGCGGGAGGGCGGCCGGGGCUUAGCGGGCGGCCGGCGGGGGGCCGCUCGGCAUGGCCCGCGCACCGCCGCUGCUGCCGCUGCUGGUGCUGCUGGGCUGCGCCUGGCUGGGCCCGCGGCCGGCGGGCUGCCCGGAGCCGCCGCAGACCCCCGACUGGCGGAUGACGCUGAAGACCAUCCGCAACGGCGUGCACAAGAUCGACCUGUACCUCAACGCGGCCCUCGACCUCCUGGGCGGCGAGGACGGCCUCUGCCGCUACAAGUGCCGCGACGGAUCAAAGCCCUUUCCUCGCUACGGAUAUAAACCAUCGCCACCAAAUGGUUGUGGAUCCCCUUUAUUUGGAGUUCAGUUUGACAUAGGUAUCCCUUCGAUGACAAAGUGCUGCAAUCACCAUGACAGAUGCUAUGAUACCUGUGGCAAUAAUAAAAAUGAUUGUGAUGAGCAGUUUCAGUCCUGCCUCUCCAAAAUUUGCAGAGAUGUGCAGAAAACACUUGGAAUCUCAGAGAGUGUCCAAGCUUGUGAAUCAACUGUUCAACUGUUGUUUGAUGCAGUUAUACUUUUAGGAUGUAAACCAUACCUGGAUAGCCAGAGAGCUGCAUGUAUGUGUCGUUAUGAGGAUAAGACAGAUCUCUGAAAGAAAGAAGAUACUGACAUUUCAUAGUUAAAGACUCAGCUGGAAUGAAGCAAGUGGUUGGUUGCAAAGCUUUAUGCUUUUCAGACAGCAGUAUUUUAAACACUGACAUGAAUAUUCUGGUUUGAAAGUCGCUGUGAUAUUCUUUCUAAUGUAAAAAAGAAACAAGACUUCCUUCUCUUCCCUGUUGUGCAAGAAGCUUGGAAACUUAAAUUAAAUUUCCUUUGGUGAAUGUCUGCUCAGGAUAUGUGAUCAUAAACCACUAGUGCCAUUUUAAAGUUUUUAAGAAAGCUCCACAAUGGAUAAGUGGAGGCACAGAAGACUUGUAUUGAAUUCUCCCAUUAUUCUUAAUAUAGGUCAAAUUUUAGGUUUAUUAGCAGUCGAUGCAUCUGAUCCAACAGGAAAGAGUGUGUUAGUACUGCAUCUCAAAUAACCUGUACUUUCAUGCUAGUGGUAAGUUGCCUUCAGUUCUCUCUGAUCUAUGCAGUCCUGUGGGUUUUUGCUUUUUUAAAACCAACCAACGAAAUAACUCCAAGCCCUUAGCAAGGCUAUACAUCUGUACUGCAUUUUCUAUCUGAUUCUCUAUCAACCUUACUUCUGUAGCACUUUAGUCUGAAAGGUUGAUCCUUUUAAGGCUUGACCACUCAAAUGAACAGUUUGCAACUUAAAGAUAUACUUUUGAUUUGACAACAUGGUUGAAUGUAAUUGCUAUUUUAAAAAUGAAUCAACUGUUUAUUUUUCAAAUAAAACAUUUUGCGUUGUGUAUUAUAUGCAUAGAAAGGUUUGUUUCAAAUAAGUUGAUUUGUAUUUGUCUUGCGGCACAACUUUGUUACUGCAUUCAUCUUUGCUUUCAUUUAGUCCAUUCUGAUGAAAAGUAAAAGGAAGUUCCAGAGUUACACAGUCAGUAUGCCCAACAAGCCUUUUUUAUUUAAAAUGUCCUCUGUGAGGCUGACAGAUAUUUGAGCUUGUAUUUCUGUCAUCUGUUCCUGUGACCUCUGUGAGGCUGAGAAACCUCUGAGCCUGUACUUCUGUCAUCUGUUCCCUCUCUGACUUCUCUAGCUGAUAUCACCUGAUGUCUGAAUUAUUUGGGGUUUUUUCUCUGUGCUGAUCUUCCAUUGCUUAUCUCCAGUCAUCAGUCCUGAGUUAACUUUUGCAUUAGGUUCUCUGUCAUAAAGAUUUUAAUUUGCUCUCCUGCUGCCCUGAUUAUGCCUUAGGAAUCCACAGGAGGACUGAAAAUCAAAAUACAGCAUCUGUGAACAAGGAAGUGGAUAUAACUGUGCUGGUUUUGGUGGGAAUAGAGUUGAUUUUCUUCCUAGUAGCUGGUAUAGUGCUGUCCUUUGGAUUUAGUAUGAGGACAGUAUUGAAAAUACACUGAUGUUUUAGUUGUUGCUAAGUAGUGCUUAAACUAGUCAAGGACUUCAGAGCUUCUUAUGUCCUGCCAGCGAGAAGCUGGGAGGGGGCACAGCUGGGACAGCUGACCCAAACUGGCCAAAGGGAUGUUCCAUACCAUAUGAUGUCAUGCUCAACUGGGGGGAGGUGGCUGAGGGGGCACUGCAGCUCAGGAACUAGCUGGGCAUCAGUCAGUGGGUGGUAAGCAACUGUGCGGUGCAUCACUUGUUUUAUAUAUUGUGUUAUUCUCUUCCUUUUCUGUCCUGUUAAACUGUCUUUAUCUCAACCCACGAGUUCUACCCUUUUCCAGUUCUCUCCCCCAUCCCCACUGGGGGAGGAAGGGAGCAAACAGCUGUGUAGUUGUUUUAGCUGCCUGCUGGGUUAAACCACAACAUAUGCUAAAAUCCUAAAAUUUAUCAGACUCAUGGAUUAUAAUGUGAUUUCUCCUCUGAAAAAAACUUCUUUUUUCUUUACCAGUUGUUUAUGUUUUGUUGUUUUUUUUUCACUAGAGCUUACUGUACAUGACAGUGAAUGUAAGUGCCUUGUAGAAUAAAAGUUCUGCUGAAGUUC